CGUGCAAAGCGGCCUUGCGCUGCGGCGUGUGCGGAGUCACCGAAGUGUUUGUAAACACGGGAGCAAAAGGUGACAAAUAUAAGGAAGGGGAGAGAGAACGGGCCUGGUGGGUACGAUCACUAAUGAUCUUCCAUGUGGCCGUGCAUUCGGGGAAAGACACGACCGGCAGGAUGACUGAACGAACUCAAAACCCUCGCGCUGCCGAAAUAUUCUGUACCAUAUUGCAAGAAGACGUCAUGCUUUCCCGCAACAACAUCACCUUGUAGUCCACUUUGCGUCAAACAAGGACAGUUUUGGCAUAUCUGUAUUCCUACUCGAUCGAACGGAAAUGCCUUGGCCGUUUUCCGAGUCGAUAAAGAAGCGCGCAUGCAGAUACCUGCUGCAGCGGUACUUGGGCAACUUCCUGCAGGAGAAGCUCAGCUUGGACCAGCUCAGUUUGGACCUCUACCAAGGCACUGGAUCACUGGCGCAGGUUCCCUUGGACAAAUGGUCCUUAAACGAGAUCCUGGAGUCAGUGGAUGCUCCCUUUGAGGUGACAGAGGGCUUUAUCCAGACCAUCUCUUUGACUGUGCCAUGGGCGUCGCUGCUGCAGGAGAACUGUGCCCUGGAGGUCAAAGGGCUGGAGAUGGUGUUCAGGCCCAGACCACGUAUGGCAUCAGGGACCGAGCCCAUGUACUGGUCCAGCUUUAUGACCAGCAGCAUGCAGCUAGCCAAGGAAUGCCUGAGCCAGAGGCUAACGGAUGAGCUGGGGGAGGGCUUCCAGCCCCUGGAGGGCCUGGAGAAGUUUGCAGAGACCAUAGAAACGGUUUUGAGAAGAGUGAAGGUUACCUUUCUGGACACGGUUCUCAGGAUUGAGCAUGUUCCUGAAAAUUCCAAAACAGGAAUUGCUGUGGAGAUACGGAUCAAUAAGACUGUGUACUGUGAUGAGACGGGGGACGAGGGCCCAGGCAUGGACGUGCACCAGCCCACCACAUUUGCGCACAAGAACCUCCAGCUCACCGGUGUCACCAUCUUCUGGGACGAGUUCUCAGAGGCCGCCCGCACCUGCCUCAAGUCCCCCUCUGCCCAAGCGGAGACGGAGGCAAAGCUGUCUCCCAGCUGGAACCCUAGGAUCAUCUGCGAGCCACACCCCCAGUUCACGGAGCCCAUCUCCACGACAACGCCCUUUGAACCUGUGCAGAUUGGUGGCUUGAAUGGGAGAGUGGAGCUGUCUCUUCUCCUGAAGCAGAAUGAAGCCUUGCCUGGAGCAAAGUUGGAUGUUGAUGGGCAGAUCGAUUCGAUGAAUGUGCUGCUGUCUCCACGUCAAGUGCACCUACUCCUUGACAUGUUUGGGGUCUUUUCUGGCUCAGCGGGGCCGGAGCGGGCGGGGCUAGGGAAGGACAGGAAGAGCCGGCCGAUGCAGCAGGAGGAUGAGUACCGGCUGCACAUGGAGCUCCACCGCUGCCUGAAAAGGGACACCAUGGCCACCGGCACGCUGGGAGACACUGACCUCUUCGAGAGCCAGACCACCAGGACCACAUCCAGCCGAGAAGACGUGUUUUUCUCCAUGGCCGAAAUGGACAUGUCUCACAGCCUGUCGUCCCUCCCCCCUCUCGGAGACCCCCCCACUGUGGACCUGGACCUGUCACUCAACAGCAACUUCACCCCCUCCCCAGGGGAGUCCCCCUCUGGGAACAUGGCAACUGUUUGGGAUGAGUAUCAGGACGCCCCAAGACAAAGGGAGAAGCAGGUGCAGGAGGCCCCCUUCCUGUCCCGGGAGCCCCAGCCCCCACCAAAGCUGCUGCGACAGACCUCACACCCCUCGAAGGCGCACUGCGACGAGUCCCGGCCUGAGUUGGUGUUCAAGCUGGCAUUGGGCAGUGUGGUCGUGUCUGUCCUCCACAUCGACCCGCUGCCCCCGCCCGACACCGCUGCCAGCCCCCUAGCCCUCAUGGCCUCAGAGUUCUUCCAGCGGCUGAAUGGGUGGGGCCCCAAGCAGCUCCAUGGGGGGGACCUACUCCUGUCUCGCCGUGUAUUCGACGAAGCCUGCCCUCAUGACCACCUCAGGUUCCUGGGGUCAGCAGUGAAGGUUGUCUAUGAGCAGAGACAGGGCUCCAGUCUGCGUACCCUCAGCAGUGAUGUCUGCCUGGGCCAGAUGGAGCUUCUGGAGUGCCUCUUCCCCACAGACACUCACCCCACCACCCCCCAGUACACAGAGCUGGUGACAUUCGAUGCCGCUGCCGACAAGGAGGCACAACCUUCCCCCUGCUUACACCUGCUGUACAAAUUCGCCGAGCGCAGAGGCGCACAGGGAGGGCAGGUGCGCCUGAGCACUAUGCCGCGAAAGGCUGAGUUCCAGGUGGAGCUGGGCCCGGUGCGGUCCGAGCUGGACAUCAGCAUCGUGGACAGGCUCAACUCCCUGCUGCAGCCGCAGAAGCUGGUCACUACGGAGACCAUGGCCUCUCACAUGUACACGUCCUACAACAAGCACGUUAGCCUGCACAAGGCCUUUGCUGAGGUCUUCCUGGAUGACUCGCGCACCCCGGCCCACUGCCAUGUGUCGGUGGUGGUGAAUGCGCCGGUGCUGAGACUGGCCGUGCGCUUCCCCAUCCCGGACCUGCGCUCGGACCAGGAGAGGGGCCCCUGGUUCAAGAAGUCUCUGCAGAAGGAGGUGCUGCACCUGGAGUGCACCGACCUGGAGCUGAAGACCGAGUUCACCGGGGGGAGCUCGUCAGAGCAGACCAAGAUGGAGGUGACCUUUAAGGAACUCAACGGGAAGUUGCAGGAUGACACCGACCAGCCCUCCGCCAGGUUCCUCAGGGUGUCGCACGCCAUGGACGGGGACAUGACCUCAUCGGACAGCGGCAAAUUUGACUGGCCGAGGGUGGUGCUGAGGGUGAACCCUACGGCUGUGCACUCCAUCCUCGAGCGUGUGACGGCUGAGGAAGAGGAGGGGGCCGGGGGCCACUCCCCAGAGGAGGACGAAGGAGGCGCGCACUCCCUGAAGGAUGUGUGUGAUUUCGGGAAGCCCGAUCCCUCCCCUUUCUCCUCCCGCAGAGUGAUGUACGAGAACGAAGAGAUGGUGAUGCCAGGGGACGUGGGUGAGAUGACCGAGUUCCAGGAGAAGACCAUGAGCAAUUCACGCUACAUCUUGGAGCUGGCCUUGCCAAACGUGCAGCUAUCACUGCCAAACAAAGCUUUCUACGAGAAACUCCAUAACAGGAUAAACAAUGACUUGUUGCUAUGGGAGCCAACAGCGCCAUCCCCCGUGGAGACAGUGGAGAACGUGUCCUAUGGUGUGGGACUGUCGGUGGCCAGCCAGCUGAUCAGCACCUACAGCAAGGACAGUUUCAGCCAGUUUCGCUCCUCAGCCCCCGAGGAGGAGGAGAGUGGGUCUGAGGACGACACCCUGCAGUACUAUUCCCCUGCGGACCUUGGGCUCAAAACCCGGAGGAAGAAGAAGCACGAGGCCCAGAACAAGAGCUCCCAAAGCCUGUUUUCCAUCAUCCUGAGCAUCAGCCACGGGCUGGUAUCCCUGCAGACCACUGUUAAGCAAGAAGAUAACACCGUGCUGAGAAACAGACACGGAGAAUUCUGGGUGGAGGUGGAGAAUGGAGUUAUUUUCAGCGUGACACAGUACGAGGGCUAUAAAGAUCAGCACUAUGUCUGUCUCCACACCAGCAACCUUUGCCUCUAUCAUCAAGGCCUGGUGGAUGGAGACGUCCCUGUUACAGACAUCAAACUGCCCAGCCGGACUCGCCCCCACUGGCUGGAGCCGGCCAUCUACCGCUCGGAGGAGACAUGCCCAGGCAAGGCAUCCCCUUCAGAGGGCAUUGGCCUGGAGGCCCACAGCAUGCUGUCUGUGGCUGUCAAGAUCUGCUCCCAGAACAUGGAGCGCAAUGUGAAGGAGUACCUGGUGGCGGUGGGCGUAAGAGGAUCCACCCUGCAACACCGCGUGGUCCCCUCGAGCUUGGGCUGGUACGACCAGAUAGUGGAUUUUUUGAACGUCUCAGAUGAGCCUGUGCUUGGCUACACCCCUCCGACCUCCGUCACAACUCUCCACCUGCAUUUAUGGAGCUGCGCCUUAGACUACAGACCUCUGUAUCUGCCCAUCCGGUCUCUGCUAACUGUGGAGACCUUCAGCAUUUCCAGCAGCGUCUCCCUGGACCAUUCCUCCUCUACUCUAAGGAUCAUUUUAGAUGAAGCGGCGUUGUUUUUGUCUGAUAAGUGCAACGCAGUUUCUGUGAAUCUGAACCGAGAUUACGUGCAGGUGGUGGACAUGGGCAUGUUGGAGCUGAGGAUCACAGCGGUGAAACCUGGAGCAGAUGGGGCAAGGAUGGAGCCCAGGUUUGAGUUGCGCUGCUCUAGCGAUGUCAUCCACAUCAGGACGUGCUCAGACUCCUGCGCUGCUCUCAUGAACCUCAUCCAGUACAUCGCCAGCUAUGGUGACCUGCUUCCCCCUCCUGGCCCGGAGGCCAAGAGCAGCAGCUCCAAACAGAGAGCCAGGCCCGAGGCUGCCGGCAGGCCCCCUUCCCAGACUCCUCUGCUCCCCGAAGCGGACCAGCAAAUGCUGCAGGACCUGAUGAGUGAGGCUAUGGAGGACACGGACAGCCAGCAGGCUCAGUCUCCACAGCCCAACGGACUCCACGAGGAGCUGAGGCAGGAGAUGGAGCCGCCCCGCUCUGACCUCUUCCUGUUCCCGGACGAGAGCGGAAACCUCUCCCAGGAGCCCAGCCCCACCUUCCCCACCUACCACACCCCCCUCAUCUACACCGCCUCCUCCGCCCCCGCCCACGAGAACGACGACUUCUGCAUCCUGGAGACCCCAGGCUCCGGAGCCGCUGAUCGGGAUGAGGAGCCAGUGGUGAACAAACUGACCCCAGACUCCAUCCAGAUCAAAGAUAACCACUUCAGCCUGCCCGUGGGCCGCACCGACUCCAGCAGGGGCCCCCUGAACUUCCCCGUCCCCGAGGUGCGCUACCUGGUCAAGGAGAUCUCCGUCGUCUGGCACCUGUAUGGGGGGAAGGACUUUGGCAGUGGAGCGUUCAUGUCCUCCCCUGCCAGGAGCCGAGGCACCCCCCACAGCUCCCCCUCUCAGACCCCCGUGCGGCAGGGCCGGUCGGGCGGCCGUGCGGUGGGCGGGCGAGGGAGGAACCUCGACGUGCUGAUGGAGAUCCAGCUCACCAAGGUGAAGUUCCAGCACGAGGUGUACCCCCAGGUCCCGGCAGACCCUGGCUCCACAGUGGCCGAAGUUCCCGUCUCCCGGCAGGUCUUCACGGUGCAGGACCUGGAGAUCCGCGACCGGCUGGCCACCUCUCAGAUGAACAAAUUCCUGUACCUCUACUCCAGCAAGGAGAUGCCUCGGAAAGCCCACUCCAACAUGUUGACGGUGAAGGCGCUGCACACGUGUCCAGAGGCGGGCCACGCCCCCCAGGAGUGCUGCCUACGCGUGUCGCUGAUGCCACUCCGCCUCAACAUAGAUCAGGAUGCGCUGUUUUUCCUGAAGGAUUUCUUUGCCAGUCUGGCUGCUGAGGUUGAACUGUUUGCUCCGCCAGACCAGGAAGUGUUGUGCGUUUCAGUGAAGAAGCCCCCUGCCCCGGACCUUGCCUGCAGCUUCCCCAAACAUGGGGUUUCCUCCCAGGACCCGGCACCCAUCAUCUCUGUACCAGGCCAGAGCCGGCCCAGUCAGAAUGGCAUGACCCUGCGGAGCAUCGCUGAUGCUGUAGAACCCGAAGCCUCCACAGCGUCCUUCACUGACCAGCCCAUCUUCUUCAGGGAGUUUCGCUUCACGUCAGAGGUGCCCAUCCGUUUGGAUUACCACGGGAAACAUGUGUCAAUGGAGCAGGGCACGUUCGCCGGCAUCGUGAUCGGGCUGACCCAGCUGAACUGCUCUGAGCUCAAGCUGCGGAGGCUGUGCUAUAGACAAGGGCUGCUGGGUGUGGAUAAGCUCUUCUCUUACGCAAUAACUGAGUGGCUGAACGACAUCAAGAAAAACCAGCUGCCAGGACUUCUGGGCGGGGUGGGCCCCAUACAUUCUCUCGUGCAGUUGGUUCAGGGAUUCAGGGACCUGGUUUGGCUGCCGAUCGAGCAGUACCGCAAGGACGGGCGCAUCGUGCGGGGGUUCCAACGUGGCGCCGCCUCCUUUGGCACCUCCACUGCCAUGGCUGCACUGGAGCUGACCAACCGAAUGGUCCGCACCAUACAGGCUGCCGCAGAGACAGCCUAUGACAUGGUAUCACCAGGACCUGAUGAGAGUGACUUGAAGAAAAUAAAGCGGUUUUCUCAUUACCGAUUGGCUCACCAGCCAGUGGACCUCCGGGAGGGAGUGGCCAAAGCAUACAGUGUCGUUAAAGAGGGAAUCGCGGACACGGCGCUGACGAUUUACGACACGGCCGCGCGGGAGCACGAGCAGCGCGGGGUGACAGGUGCGGUGGGCGGGGUCUUGCGGCAGCUGCCGCCGGCUGUGGUCAAGCCACUCAUCGUGGCCACGGAGGCGACCUCCAACGUGCUGGGCGGCAUGAGGAACCAGAUCCACCCCGACGCUCGCCAGGAGGAGUCCCAGAAGUGGCGGCUAGGGGAGGAGUGAUAGUUUUUUCCCCACCUCCCGAACUUCAUGAACAUGCUAAAUAGCCAGUCGGCAGCCUGAUGGCAUUUCAACACUAGGGUAUGUGGACGACCCCAUCGCAUGCGCUGGAUGGCUGCCCUUCAGAUGAAAUCUCUGGCCUGACUGGGAGUACCUGCGUCCACUUUUUUACCCCACAUUCUAAUGGCAGCAAAUGCGGUUGAAACAGCCGUGGCUGCUGUAAAUAAAUCAUAUGCUUCCCAUAGACUUCAGCAUUUGUAUGUUUGUGUGGACUCGCGCAGCUUGUGGCCCGUCUCCCACAGUCUGCUGCAGUGCCUUCCUGGGAGCAUCGUACUGUAUUCUGCGGUGAGCGGUCUGCAAAUGAUGCAGGCGUGAACGUGGGGAAACAUAACGUGCGCACGGUUAACACUGUCCCUGUGCCGUUUGCCUCCUGCAGAAAAAUACUCCAUUAAUAUGAAGUAUAGUGUCAUGCGGCACUGUCAUUGGUGCAUGGCUCGUCUUAUUAAACCUGUUCCAUCUUGUUUUUUUUGUCCAUCCUUCCCCAAUGUAAGGAAUUCAUCUCAAAGGUUUUAGCAGGGAAACGGGUAACAAUGUGAAAGGUGACCAGACGUCUCUUUUCACAUGCUCUGGAAGAAAGGAGCACUGGUGGGAGCCUUGGCUUUGUCUGACUUCUCAUGUGUUAAAAAGCUUUUGUAAAAACAGUGUUGUGAAUAGAACAAUCUGGCUUUUGUCUCAUAUUAUAGCCAUGUGGUUACCUUUAAUGUGGGCUCUGCAUAACCAGACAAAAAAAUAAAGAAAAAAAUGAACUAUAAAAAGUUAGAUGUAGCUGAAAUUCUCUUAUAGUAUCUUAUACUGUGUUGUCACAAAUUGCAGCAGCCAAAAUUUGUAUAGAACUCUUGGAGAAAAUACUACAGUUAUGAUUAGAAAGACUUUUUUAUUUUUACCAUUUAUGAAAUUCUGUAUCAUCAAAUGCACAUCACAUCACAAGAGAAUUCUCUCCCAUUCCUGAGCACAGAUCAACAGUUCUUUGGUUCCCACUCAUUGAAACAAGGGAUUUCCUGACAUCCGGCAUAAGCCCUAGUAGGAGGGAGAAACUGCACAGCCAAUCCACCUUCCACAUUCUUAGAAAGUUCACUCAUGCUGUUGGCUGUUGAGUUUUUUCCCCUCGGUCUUAAACUUGCCGUAUGGAAGCAUGUCUCAAUUCCUUGUGUACUGUUCACUUACAAGAAAGCAUUGCAAUAACAGACAGUCUUAUGGAAAAGUAAUUGUACUCAUUUAUAGUUGGAUCUUUUGUUCAUGUUUCAUUCUCAUUGAGGUAUUCAUUCUUCAUUCUCAUAGCCAGCCCCCUUUGAGUGUUUAUUCUUUGAUAUUUUCUUCUUGGUCACUGGCUAGUAAGCUCUAUUGGAUCUUUUAGAGGUUUUUAGUAGUGUUGAUAAUGGAAAAGGCAGUGAAAUACUUUCAAACACAGUUAGUGUAAAUCACUUUCACUUCUUUUUUAGGGCAAGAUAAGCACCUGAAGAUACUCUCUUCCCCUUUGCUUUCUCAUACAUACAUAUCUAGAUGAUACAGCUGUUACUGCCUGAUGUAUAACCAGAAGUCUUAAUUACAGUGCAUACUUUGUUUUCUAGCUACUCCUUUUUAGUUUAUGAGGGGAACUUGAUGGAAGAUGUAGAACUUUAUCAUGUAGCAAUGGAAUUAAUUCAUAUAAUUUUCUGGGAUUUAAUUUAUACACUACAUUAUUUGAUUGGAUUGGGACAAAAGGAUUGCCCCUGUAUAUUUGUUUAUAUGUCCUGUGUAAUAGGAGUGAUAUUUGUGAGCAUUUAGGGAAUAUUAUAUUGCUUGUAUAUAUUGUAGUUGCUGUACAGACUGGAUAAUGUUAAUUUGUGCAAAUUAUAUUAAAGCAU